GGCAGCAGCAGCAGUUCAGCACCGGGAGCUGUCCACCGUGCACGAGCCGGCCGAGCCCCGACGGUGAGCAUGGCCAAGGUGAAGCAGGUGGGGCUGCUGGUGGCGGGAUGUCAGCCCUGGAACAAAGACGUGUGCGCAGCAGGUGGAGACCGCUUCGCCUACUGCGCCACUUUGGCCAUUUACAUCUACCAGUUGGACCAACAGUACAAUGAAUUCAAGCUGAGGUCCAUCAUGUCGGAACACAAGAAGACCAUCACAGCGAUCAGCUGGUGUCCCGACAACCCGGAUGUGUUCGCGUCCGCCUCCGCCGACAACCUGCUCAUCAUCUGGAACGUAGCAGAGAAGAAAGCCGUAGCCAGGUUGGACAACACCAAAGGCGUUCCCGUGUCCGUCAGCUGGUGCUGGGACUCCACCGAUGGGCUGGCGUUCGUCUCCCAGCGCGGCCCGCUGUACAUCUGGGUCUACCGAGGACCCGAUCCCGGGGUCACGGUGCAUAAAGAAGCCCACUCCUUCCUGUCGGACAUCUGUCUCUUCAGAUGGCAUCCCACCAAGAAGGGAAAACUGGUGUUUGGACACACGGAUGGGAGUUUGUCCAUUUUUCAACCAGGGAGUAAAAGCCAGAAGCACGUGUUGCGUCCAGAGUCCUUGGAAGGGACUGAUGAAGAGGAUCCGGUCAGCGCUCUGGAAUGGGACCCUUUGUCAACCGACUACUUACUAGUGUCGAACCUCCACAACGGCAUCCGGCUGGUGGACAGCGAGGCGCUGGCUUGCAUCACGUCCUUCUGCUUCCCUUCAGCUGCCGCCUCAGUGCAGUGCCUGGCCUGGGUGCCCUCGGCGCCGGGCAUGUUCAUCACCGGGGACUCCCAGGUCGGCGUCUUGAGAGUGUGGAACGUGUCCCGCCCCACUCCUUUGGACAGCUUUAAGCUGAAAAAGACUGGAUUUCAUGCUUUGCAUGUCCUCAACUCCCCUCUUGCCAAAAAAGCCCAGAGCUCCACGUCUCCCAAAGGUCAACACACCAGCUCCACCAGUGAGGCGGUGCCGCCCCCAACCCUGUCCCAGAACCACUCCUUCUCCCUCCCCCCCGGCCACGCCGUCUGCUGCUUCAUGGACGGAGGGGUGGGGCUCUACGACAUGGGUGCCAAGAAGUGGGACUUCCUCCGAGAUCUGGGUCACGUGGAAACGAUCUUCGACUGCAAGUUCAAACCGGAUGACCCCAACCUGCUGGCCACUGCUAGUUUUGACGGAACGAUCAAAAUCUGGGACACCAACACCCUGACCGCGGUUAACACCUCCCCCGGAAACGAGGGCGUGGUCUACUCGCUGUCCUGGGCUCCAGGAGACCUGAACUGCAUCGCUGGAGCGACGUCUCGCAACGGAGCGUUCAUCUGGGACGUCCGGAAGGGAAAAAUCAUCACCCGCUUUAACGAGCACGGUAAAAACGGGAUAUUCUGCAUAUCAUGGAGCCAUAAAGACUCAAAGAGGAUCGCGACGUGCAGCGGAGAUGGAUUCUGCAUCAUCCGAACCGUCGAUGGUAAGAUCCUCCACAAGUACAAGCAUCCUGCUGCGGUGUUCGGCUGUGACUGGAGCCAAAACAACAAAGACAUGAUAGCGACGGGCUGCGAGGACAAGAGCGUGCGGGUGUACUACCUGGCCACCAGCUCCGACCAGCCUCUCAAGGUCUUCACCGGACACCUGGCCAAGGUCUUCCACGUCCGCUGGUCUCCGCUCAGAGAGGGGAUCCUGUGCUCCGGGUCCGAUGACGGUACCGUUCGGAUCUGGGACUACACGCAGGACGCCUGCAUCAACGUGCUGAGCGGCCACACGGCUCCCGUCAGAGGCCUGAUGUGGAACACCGAGGUUCCUUACCUGCUCAUUUCAGGUUCUUGGGACUACACAAUCAGGGUGUGGGACACCAGGGACGGCACGUGUCUGGAUACCGUCUACGACCACGGAGCCGACGUCUACGGUCUGACGUGCCACCAGAACCGUCCCUUCACCAUGGCCAGCUGCAGCAGGGACAGCACGGUGAGGCUCUGGUCGCUCACGCCGCUCAUCUCUCCUCUGCUGCUCAACGUGGUCACCGAGCAGCCGUGGGAGAAGAUCAUCGGAAACACAGACACGGCCAUGGUUCCCGGCGCGCCGCCGCUGCUCUGCGGUAAGGUCUCCAGAGACGUCAAGCAGGACCUGGACAAACUGACGGCCGACGUCCGGGCCAAGAAGCUGCGCUGGUUCUCCGAGUGCUUCUCGCCUCCAGGGGGCAGCAGCAACCUCUGGGACCUGGUGUCCGUCAUCGGCGGUCAGGACGACUCGCUGCUGCCCGCCAGCUACAGCAAAGGAGUGAUGCACAUGAAACACCUGCUGAAGUUCAAGACGUCUGAAGCCCAGGAGCUGACCAUUGUCAAGAUGUCCAAGUUCGGCGGCGGCAUCGGGGCUCCCAGUAAGGAGGAGCGGCUGGAGGAGGCGGCGGACAUCCACCUGAGACUGGGACAGAUCCAACGAUACUGUGAGCUGAUGGUGGAGCUGGGGCAGUGGGAGAAAGCCUUGGCUGUCGCUCCAGGAGUCUCCAUGAAGUACUGGAGGAAGCUCAUGCAGAGACGAGCCGACCAGCUGAUGGCCGAGGACAACGACGAUGCUGUCCCAUACUGCAUCGCUACCGGAGAUGUCAAAAAACUGGUGACCUUCUUCACAGGGAGGGGGCAGCUGCUCGAGGCCUUACUCAUUGCACAGGGAGCGUGUGAAGGGAACAUCCGUUUGCCGCAGAGUUCAUCGGUGAAUCACACGAGCAACGACGUGGACAGCAGACAGCAGUACCAGAGCCUCCUCCAUCACGUCUGUAAGGAGCUCGCCGAGUGGUACUUCCAGGACGGCUGCUCGGUUCUGGCUGCGUGCUGCCACCUGGCUGUGGACGACGUCAAGUUAGCCAUGACCAGUCUGAUCCGGGGGAACGAGCUGGAAUUGGCGGCUUGCGUGGGUCUCGUCCUCGGCGAGGCAGCCAAUCAGAGCACGGCUUACUGCCUUGAACUGCUGGCCAGGAAGUACAUGACCACCCCCACAUGGGAGCUUUCAGUUGAGCUGCUGCAAAUGAUCCCAGAUAAUCACAUCUUACUGGCCAAGCUGUGCUCCUUCUACCCGGGAAGUUCUGCAGAAAUCAACCAGGUCCACCAAAGGUGCGGCGUCCCCUCGAUGGAGGAGUGUACGGCGUCGGCAGAAGGAGCCGCGAGCGACGGAGAUUUGUUCUCUGCUGUUAAACUCCACCUGCUGGGCUGUGAACCCGAAAACGCCCUUCAGAUCGGCAUCAAUCACGUUAAAGAACAGCUGGCUGGCUCUGAUUGGACGGUGGACACCGUUUACCCAAUCCUGGACCUGAUGAGCUACAUCCGGACCGACCGCCUCAUCAUGGCCAAGAUGACUGAAGCCCGCAGUGAGCUGUUGAUCUUGUGCGGGUACAUCGGAGCUCUGCUGGCCAUCAGAAGGAACUACUUCAGCAUCGUACCUGCGCUCUACGAGUACACCAGUCAGCUGCUGAAGAGGAGGGAGGUGUGUGUUCCUCUGAAGAUCGAGCAGCUGUCCGUGGAGCUGGACGCCUGGAGGGCGUGUUCCCAAACCAACAGCAUUCCUCCAUCAGACCAUCAACAAGAAGAGUUCAGCCGCCUCGAGAGGAGACUCCGGCCCACAGACCCUGCUGCCUUGGUUCUGUGUGGCGCCGACUACGUGACGGGCUCCAACCUGCCGAGCCACUCGGACCUCCAGCUGUCGUGUUUCACCGGACACAGGAUCCAGGGUCCGGUGUUUUUGCUGGAGGACAGUAAGUCGGCCAUCUCCCUGAACGAUGCCUUGAUGUGGGCGAAGGUCAACCCUUUCUCUCCGCUGGGAACGGGAGUCCGCAUCAACCCCUUCUAGCCCUCAGAGAUCAUAUCUGGGAGUAAAACAAAAACCGGCCUGAAGAGAACAUUUCCUGCUCCAAACUCAGCCAACCGAAUUUUCAAACCAGCUUGUGGCUUUUGUAGACUUUGGUUGUUAGUGACGCUGUGACGUGACCAGAACUCAAGACUUGCUUGUUAGGACUCUUUCAUCGCUCAGCCGACCAAAGUACAGCUGUGUACAUACAGGGUAUGAAUCUAAACUGCUCUACUGUAAAAAGAAAUCACUGGAAUAAAGUAAAU